ACUAGAGAGAGAAAAACAAAAAUAAUACCCUUUAAUAUUUCAUUAUUUUAGGCCAUAAAAUACAUGCCAACCAUAUUUUUUUAAACCAAAUACGUUAGUUAUUGAGAUAUCAGUUGUUUCUACGAGAUUUAAAACACUUAAUUUUAUGUACUAUAAAGUGUUAUUUUACUCAUUUAUAUUAAAUGUAAUAAAAACAACAUCGCCUACGAUGUCUGUUCAUAUCAAGUGUCGCAGUCGAUUUUACCCUCGUUCUAGUAUUGAAAGAUUCAUUGUGCCAGAUAAGAAAGUUCCCUGGUCUGUGGAAUUUAAAGAAUAUUGUCCAAAAACUUAUAAUGCACCUUCAAUUCAUGGCAAACCCUGGGCAGAUCCAGAUAUUAGAAAUCCUAAUUUCACACCAAAAUGGAAUGAUAUAGAUGGACAGGUGAAUAGGAAAAGCUACACAGGAAUUUAUAAAAUUUCUGAUGGAGUGCCACUGAACCCUGUUGGUAGGACUGGUAUAUCAGGAAGAGGAGUUUUAGGCCGAUGGGGACCAAACCAUGCAGCAGAUCCAGUUGUUACUAGAUGGAAGGAUUCAAAUCAUUCCAUCCUACAAUUUGUGGCAAUAAAACGUGGGGAUACAGGGGAGUGGGCUCUUCCUGGUGGCAUGGUGGAUCCCGGGGAGAAAUUUGCAACAACAGCUAUAAGGGAAUUUCAAGAAGAAGCUAUGAAUUCCCUGGAAGCAUCACAAGAUGAGAAAAACAAAUGGGUGGAAAAAUUCAAAGAUUUCUUCAGUAGUGGCAUUGAAAUAUACAGCGGCUAUGUAGAUGAUCCUCGUAAUACCGACAAUGCUUGGAUGGAAACAACAGCCUACAAUUACCAUGACGAAACUGGCACAACAGUCGGGGCUUUAAACUUGAAAGCUGGCGAUGACGCUGUCGGCGUCCAAUGGGUGGAUAUUACGCCUACUUUAAAUCUCUAUGCCAGUCACAAAGACAUAGUUAAUAAAGUGUACAAAACUAUAGUGCCUGAUUCAAGAGAAAACAAAUAAAAAUGCUACACGUC